CAACGGACCUGUAGACCUACCCGGAUGCUUUGCAGGUGUCCAAUCAUAACAGAACAAGUACAGAAUUUCUGAAGAACUCAACUUGAAAUACUUGAAUUUCAGCCCAGAACCUGUUUGUCAAGAGAGAGGAUUGGAUCCAGGAGCCCAAGUCUUUGAUGUGGGCGGAUAUGGUGGCAGACAGCUGCUAUAAAACUCACCUCCAUCAUUUCCAUCCAGUCUCUGAGUCUCUCAGUUCACUGUCAUCCAGCAGAAAGCAUGUCUCGUAACAGCAGCGCCAGUGUGUUUGGAGGAGCCGGGGGAAGGGGCACCAAGGCGUCCGUGUCCAGCCCGCAGGGACUCCGCAACUUCCUGCGCAACGACACCGAGAAAGACUCAGCUCCGAUUACUCCAGUCACUGCUGCUCCGCUCAGCAGUUCAGAGCCUCCUGCAGAAACUCCCAUCAACACAGAGAACAAGCGGGAUCUGCAGGGUCUGAACAAUCGUCUGAGAGGCUAUCUGGAUAGAGUUAAAGAUCUGCAAGAAAAGAACAACGACCUGCAGAAGGAGAUUGAUGACAUUCUGGCCAAGAGGGAAGCUCCUGAGGGAAGAGACUGGGACAAAAUCCAGGAGCCACUGGACGAUCUGGACAAGGAGAUCAAAGAGCUCACCAAUGAGAAUGCCAGGCUGUUGCUCCAGAUUGACAACUCAAAGUUGGCCCUUGAGGACUUUGAAAGCAAACUGACUGAGGAGACAAAAUCGAGGAAUGAUUUAGAGAACGACACGGAAAAGUUUAAAAAAGAUAUUGAUGACAUCAAGCAGCAACGGGAGCAGCUGCAGGGGGAAACCGAACUGAUACGGGAUGAGGUGAAACGCCUUGAGGAGGAGCACAAGGAGGAAGUGAAUAAUCUGCGUGAGAAGAUCAAAAAUUCUGAGGUGAAGGUGGAGAUUGAGCCUCAGCAGUCCAACCUGGCCCAGAUUGUCAAAGACAUGCGGGAGUAUUACGAGAAGGUUGCUGAGAAGAACCUGAAGGAAACCGAAGAGUGGUACAAGAACAAGUUUGAGAACAUCAAGGAGAAGGAGGCCAAGAACACCGAGGCUUUAGAGUCUGGAAAAACGGAGUACAAGAACCUGCUGAAGGAGUUGAAAAGUCUGGAAAUGCAGGUUAUAGCAAACCAAGGAAAGAUCCAAAGUCUUGAGGAAAAUCUGGCAAAAGCCAAGGAUGAGAACAACCAGCGACUGAUCCCUUACAACAAUAUUAUAAUACAACUGGAGGAAGACCUGAUGAAUGCGAGGAAACAGGUGGAGCAGAAGGUGGAGAAUUACAAAGAGCUGCUCGGCCUCAAGAUGAGGCUGGAGAAAGAAAUUGAUGCCUACAAUGAGCUGAUUCAAGGCAUAACUGCUGAUACUGAGGGCGUGGAGUUUGAUUUAGAGGACGCAAUACCAGUUGAACAACAAAGGAGUGACCCGGUGGAAAGCGAGGUGGUGUCUUCGGUGAGCCCUGCCGUUAACCAAUCCUCAUCCGAGGCUCCUAUGAAUACCGUUCCAGAGGUGGUGGUGGGUUCUGAUGAUCUCGACAAGAAAGCUAAGAAAGCUAAGAAAGCCAGCAGCGACAAAAAAGCCAAGAAGAAGAAGCAAAAGAAGGAAAAGAAGUCUAAGGACAAGGAAUCCUCCUCUUCCUCCUCGUCCUCCUCUUCCUCUUCUUCUUCCUCUUCCUCCUCUUCCUCUUCCUCUUCCUCC